CAGGAAGCAGUGAAUGGAGGCAACAACAAAAUAUUGCACCAGUCCCAGUUUCUCCACUCAUUUCAACAGAAGCCUAUAAUUGAUGACAUUUUCCUUUUCCAAACGAAAUCAAACAAGAUUUUAUUCAUUUUUGUACAUUUUUUUAAACUCUUGCCCCAGCUCCGCCUCCACCGGUGACGUCACCGGUCCUGACAAGCGCUUUCACUUUUGCCAGGAAGACGCAGCUGGCGAGCUUUAAGGGGAAGACUCAAAAUGUCGGAUAAAGUAAAUGUGUAUCGGCAGCAGCAGCUGGUGAGAAUAACUGUACACAGUCACAGGGAUUCGAUGACAGCAGAGAACACGCAGGAAGUUUUAAUUACUCUAUCUGUAAAGUGGGAAGGAGAUAAGCUACAGCCAGAUGCACGUAAAAAGGAUCUUCAGAUAACUCUGCAGACACAAUUCAACAGAAACAAGAGAGGCGAAUACUGCACUGUUAAAAAUGUGUCAGAAGACGGGACGGUUGAGAUGAGUAUUAGACCAGCUUCAGCCAUCAGUGUGUUAGAGGGUCUAACUGAUCAAAUACUGAGGAGGAAAGAUGAAAAAUACAAGAUAAUAUCUGUUGGUCAGACCCCAUCGGAGCUACGACCUCAGAAGGCAAAUGGUGAUGAAGCCAAUGUUCCCUCUUUACUGUCAGCUGCAAAAUGUGAUGAACACAGUGAUGCAUCUAUUGCUGAAGAUGGGGAGACACAGCAUGUCUUAGUGCCUUUGGGGCACUUCUGGUAUGUGUACCACAUCUACAGGCAGGAAAUGAAACGUAUAGAGGAAGAGAAUGGCGUUCGAAUCGAACCGGAAGCAAAGGUGUCCUUCAACGUAAACCAAGGAGGAAAUCCUACUAAAGCUAUCAAUGACUUCAUAAGUCUUGUUCAAGGGUGCUUAGGCGAAUCCAGGGGUGAUUAUUUUCCUCUCAAGUCUGCAAAGCUAAAUAAUUUGAUGGACACUCUGAAAAUGCUCCAGGGAAAUGACGCUAAUUUUUUGCUGACAGUGACCCCUGAGGGAAUUUCCACAAGUGGACCAAAACCAAAUCAAGAUAUCAUCAGCAAGUGCUUAAACCAGCCACAGAAUAAAUUAAUGCAGAGCAAUUUGAGGGAAGAGUCUGCGUGGGUGUCCCAGAACAGACCACAGAUUGGCAUGAACAUUGAAGACCCGUUCGUUCAUGGUGGACUAUCAGUGGAUGAGAGACACUGGAAGAAGAUGAAUGUUUCCUUAAAGACAGAACUCGUCAACAUUAAAGCAAAGUAUGGUGUGGAUUUUGAAGAAUCGAGCAUCAUUCAGGGUAAACUCACCAUUAAAGUUAGGCAUACAUCAGGUGUAGGAGCAGCCUCCAUGGAGAGCCAUGCUGUGAGAACACUUCUUCGUCUCUACCAGAAGAUCAUGAUGUCACCUGGGACCCUAGCAAACCUGGAUCCUGACCAGACCAAAGAUGCAGCAGAAAAGCUGGAAGAGUCCAAUUCUGAAGAUGAUGUUAGAGCUGGUGCCAGUGGGAGCAGUGGUCCACAAGUGAGCUGGGACAGUGGACAGUCACAAGCUGACAUGGAUAACACUGAAAUGCCCACAGGAGGUGGAGCAACAGCAGGAAGUUCUACAAGAGAAAGCAAGGAAGAAGUGUGCUCUAUAUGCAUGGACUCAUUUACCAAUAAGAAACAACUCAAAUGUAAACAUGAAUUUUGUCAACAUUGUUUGACUCGUGCCAUUGAAACUGCAGGGAACAUAUGUCCCAUCUGUAGAGAGGUCUUUGGUAAGAUGCAGGGAGACCAGCCUGAUGGAAACAUGUCUUGGAACAUAAGUUCCUCACCCCUCCCUGGAUUCCCUGGCUGUGGCACAAUCGUCAUCACCUAUCAUAUUCCAGAUGGAAUACAAACGGAGAAACACCCCAACCCUGGAAAGAAAUACUGUGGCACCAUGAGAAGGGCAUAUCUACCAGACAACAAAGAGGGCCACAAUGUGCUGCAACUGUUAAGAAAAGCAUUUGAACAGAAGAUGAUAUUUACUGUUGGGAUGUCCAGAACCACGGGGGAAGAAGACCAGGUGACCUGGAACGACAUUCAUCACAAGACCAACACUAGAGGAGGAGCUUGUUAUGGAUAUCCGGAUCAUAACUAUCUGAAGCGAGUGACGGAGGAACUGAAGGCCAAAGGGAUCGAGUGAAGACUAUUCGAAACAAGUUGUGACAGCCAAAUGUCACCCACAUGAAAGAUAUUUAAAAUUUAGUUCAUACUCAGAAAUUAUAUGAUGUCAUGAUAAUCAGUUGGGGUUGUUUGUGCACAAGUGAACAGUGUUUAUAUUUUGAGCAUAUGUUGAUCUGCAGAAACUACUUCUUAUUUCUUUACUUAGGAAUAAAGCUUUAAAGUGAAUACAGGUUUUUAUCUUAGAACAGAAGAUUUAGAAGUCCACAUUUGUGAAAUGAUGUGAAUAUAUACAAAAUAAAUCAAUGAAGCAAAUCAGCAUUAUCUUCUCAGUUAUCUUUACUAUAUAGCAGAGUAUGUAAAGAAAAAAUGCACCUGCUUAUCAUUUUAAAAAUUUUAUUUAUAACAAUCUGUUAUUUAGUUUUCAAAGUACUCCAGCAAAAUUUAAACAUUAUUCUCUUUCCA